CGGAGGUAAAAGAAGAAAACGCAGUACGCGUCGAGGGGACUCUGGAAGGAGUAAGGUCUCUGACAGACAAUUGAUCCUUAGUCGCGACGGAGGAAAAAAAACGAACUGAAAGAAAAAUCUAUAAAUCUCCAUUGAAGCAAUAGCCAUGGCGAAGCAUCUUUCAUCUUCACUUCGCAUAAACUUCUCCUUCUUUCCCUCCCAACAAACGCUGAAAAUAAAAUCCAAAAAAAAAAAAAAAAAAAAUUUCAAGAAAAUCUCGCUACAAAUUCAAAAUCCAAACGUCUCUCUUUCUUUCGUUUUUCUUUCCUGCAAUGGCCACUCUUCCUUGUGGCUGUUUUCCACGCGCAAUCUCCUUCAGCAAUUCCUCACGGCUUUCAUCGUCCGUCUUCCCUCCUCCCAAGUCUACUCAAAAAACACCAUCUUCCGUCGUUAAAACCUCUCCAACCCAAGCAAUCUUCUGCUCUUCUUCGUUUUCUUCUUUCUCAAUAAUUGACAGAGUCGGGUUUCAGAGGCGACGAAGCAAUGUCUCGUUCCUCUCUUUCGGGGCCAAUCCUAGCUACUUCUCCGAUGAAGCGAAGAGCGAAUCUAAUUCUCAGCUCCUGUCUGCAAUGCUGCCGUAUGUUGUUGCUGCCACUGCAGUUGUCGCUCUAGUCAAUCCCGUCAGUUUCGCUUGGGUAUCAAAAGACUAUUAUGCUCCUGCUCUUGGUGGGAUUAUGUUAUCCAUUGGAAUUCGGCUGUCCGUCGAUGAUUUUGCUCUUGCAUUUCAAAGACCUUUAUCACUAUCUAUUGGGUUUAUGGCGCAGUAUGUGCUUAAACCGCUGCUGGGCCUCUUGAUUGCAAGAGCAUUCGGGGCACCUCCCAUGUUCUAUGCUGGUUUCAUCCUCACUUGUUGUGUUGCGGGUGCCCAGCUGUCAAGUUAUGCCAGUUUCUUGAGCAAAGGAGACGUGGCUUUGAGUAUUCUACUGACCAGUACGACGACCGUAUUGUCUGCGCUGAUUACCCCUCUUCUUACUGGUCUUCUGAUCGGAUCUGUAGUGCCAGUCGAUGCGGUUGCCAUGUCCAAGUCAAUCUUGCAGGUGGUGCUUGUUCCGAUUACUCUAGGCCUCACACUCAAUACUUAUGCCAAACCGAUUGUGAAUGUUAUUCAACCGAUCAUGCCAUUUGUUGCCAUGGUCUGUACUUCCUUAUCCAUAGGAAGCCCUCUUGCGAUAAAUCGGAAUCAGAUCUUGUCUGCUGAUGGUGUCCGAUUGCUUGUACCAGUACUCGCAUUCCAUUUUGUGGCAUUUACUAUGGGAUACUGGUUAUCGAAAAUCCCAUUUUUGAGACAAGAGGAGAGCGUAUGCAGAACAAUAUCAUUAUGUACAGGAAUGCAGAGCUCCACUCUUGCUGGUCUUCUUGCUUCGCAGUUCCUAGGCAGAAGCCAAGCAGUUCCCCCAGCAUGCUCUGUCGUUGCCAUGGCCAUCAUGGGCCUAUUUCUUGCUUCAUUUUGGGGCAAUGGUUACCGGAUCAGAGACAUACCGAAGCAGCUUUUUCCUCAAAUCAGCAACACUCACCUCAAUGCCUGAGGAAAUCAGUGUUGCAUGUGCACAUGAGUGCUGUGGCACUCUUUCCCCUGGCUUCAAAGCAAACAGGCGGAUCGGAAAUCUUAUACAGGUACUGUUGUUCAUGAGUAACUGAGUAUAGAUAAAUAGAGUUCUAACCGUGUGUGUACUACGGCAGUCAUAGGUUCCGCACGCAGCUCAUCAGUGGAAGUUCAAUGCAUGUUUGUGCUUCUGCUCUCAGGCUAUAGUUUUGUCGAGUAAACAGGGCUCGCCUCAUUGUAUUUUUGUAUAUGGCAGCUAUCUUGGAAUGAAAAUAAAGGGGUUUGCAUGCUUCUGAGGUUC